CAUACACACAUACAUUGUUCUCUUCAUAUAGGAAAUUCACACUACGGUGUUCAUUUUUUUCUUUUGGACACCCCCUAACCCUUGCCCUGCAAGCAAUCAAAUAAGCAACUGCUUUUACAUUUUAACACAUCUUUGUGAAUCUUGCCUUUUUUCACUAGUACAUUUGUACUCUAAUUGCCAUACACCUAUACGCGUUUACUUUUGUAAUCGUAUAUUUGCAGCAAUGGCAAACAUCUCUCAGUUAAUCACUUCUACAGAACGAGAUGAGAACUUUGAAAAGGCCCGCGUCGAACGCCUCCGUGCCAUGGCAUCCGAAAAGUACCAAGAAUUUAAAAAUGAAGUACUUGGAAUCGCCGGGAAAGUAAAUGGUCUUGGAUCAUCACGUUUCGCUGUUGGGGAACAAAAGAAGUACAAGGUCACUCCAGGUGGACCCAAGAAUCUCGAUUUGGAUGAGAAUUCCCUAUGUAGGUAUACACCUUCACCAUCAUCAAAGAUGAAUGUUUCACCAAACGAAAACGACGUGGCGUCACAGCCUUUUAAACUUGGUAGCCUAGAGAAUUCUCGCCGUAAGUCUCUAUUUCUAUGCCGAGUCUUUCGUUUGCUCAUUAUGCCAGUCUUUCCCGAGGUCUUCAACAAUGUUAUCAACCAAUUUCACUCCCAAAGCAGUUCAGGAGAAAGUAUUCUCAGAGCAAGUGCUGUUCUCUUCACACCAACCAAGACGAAGAGUGGAACUUCUUCCUUUAGUGGAUCGUCCCACUCAUUUGCUCCAGAAUCUCUCGAGGUAUCACCUUCCGAUGGUGGUGGGGUUUGCUUGGUAUCAGUAAGUCUUUUUGUUUCGUUUCUUGAUGUCGUUGUUGACUAUAUUCUCAAGUCAACCCCAGCUGUUGUCAAGGAUAGCGCCGCCAAGAAGCCAAACCAUCAGAAGUUGUUUGAGCAGAUGCUUCUUAAAGACCACGAAAAUCGUAUGAGCAAAUUCCAAACCGUCACUCCAACCAAAGUCGACAGCGGUGGUGGAGUUAUCAGGCUCGGAGUCUCAGUAAGCCCUUGUUUUAAUCUCUGAUUUCAACUGCUAACUACAAACUCUCAAGUCCCCUGCUGCCGUUAUCAAACAUGCCGUCGCCAAAAAGCAAAUUUCUGAGGGAUUGAUGGAACAAAAACUCUGUACAGAUUGGCAAAAGCGAUUGGAAAAUUUUCAACCAGCCAUUCCUACCAAAGAAAACACUUCUAGUAAUGAAAACGUCCCAGUCGCGACCCAGGAACCCUUGGGCACCUCCAGGGCCUGUUGCACUAUCGAGGAUAAAUCAAAUGACGUACCUGUAGUCACCAAGAGCGGCGGUGCUUCUCUCAGCGAGAAGAGCUCGUCAAACAGAGCCUCUCAAGCUGUAUCUAUAGCUUCUUCUAUCAUGAAGAAACACAAAGUCAUAGAAAUGAUGGUAAAUGCCGAAGCAGAGAACCAUGGAACACGAGCAUCUGUCCUAGCUUCUUUUGUUCCAGCUCUUUCCAUCUCAGAUUCUUCAGUUCAAGCUUCUAUCUCCGAUUCACAUUUGCAAAUAUCUAGAAAUGCUAGUGGAGAAGGGAGCAAACCACUAUUAACAGCUGGCCCUACCCAGCAAGUUAUCUCUGGCCCGUUCUUGAUGAAGGAAAACGAGUUUAUGGCAAUGCUAGUGAAACGAAAGCAGGAGAAAGACCUGAAGAAAAAGCCUGUCGUUGUUUCCACACCAAUAAUUAAAAAACAUAAUCCCAAAUGUACACAUGGGUUCUGAAACCUAGCACUUAUCAAUUUUGAAACUUUCAAAGCUGAUAAUUAUUCAACAGUGAAUAUCCGACAAGCGGGGUCUGACUUUUCGGUCCCACAGACUCAAACCUCAAAAAACGAGGAAGUUGUUUCGGGAAGCAAAAUUACUGUUGAGCAGCCAGGUAUGUCAGAUCGGCACUAGCUUCAAAUUCCUUUAACAGCUACUGAUAGCUUUCUCCAGAACUUCCCAACAUAGAUGAAUCGACCUUCGUGACUCCAAUAACAAGCUCAUAUAUUACAACAAUGUCGAACAAGCCUCUCAUCCCGGCGCCCGUCAACAAGGUAAGCUAUCUUGUGUUCUCUGGAUAUCUGUUACUUUUGACUUUCACGCAAUCUUGACCUUCGAUCUCUCAUCUUAUUUUUUAAUCAACCUUGUUUUAAUCCCACGCUUAACGCGCAUUCCCAAAAACCAUUCUCUACUGACGAAUGAUCCGGCAGUGGACCACUUCUAAAUUGACUCAGGGCAAGGCUCUAAGCAAGGCAGAUGAAGAUUUCCAAGCCUUCCUCGUUGCUAAGAAGACGGCUACAAAUGCAGGAACACAAGCACAACAACAACAAGCUGCUAAGCAACAUCUAUCACCAAAACCUUCUUCGAGAAAGCCAACGCAAGCCGAAGACAAAGCAGAAAAGCUCAAGUUAGCUGCUGGCGAAGCCAAUUUCAAUGCAUUACUUGCUCGCCGCUUCGCGCAUAGCCCGACCUCUCAAUCCACGAAAUUGCCUACCAACAACACCAACCCUCAACUUUCUACGCCAAAGAAUGAUGGUGAAGCCUUUGGCAUGGCAGAACCUACCAUGAAAGAUGGACAAGCAAUUGUUUCGGAGCUGAAGGCGGCAAGCAAAGACUUUGUUGUCACAAACGUACCGAAAAUCAACGCGGUGGAUGUUUUCAACACAAACCCUUUGGAUGAGAAAGUUAUUAGCACAUUGAACACAGCUAGUAAUAACUACGCGAACAUGGCUGGUAAUUUGGCUACUUUCAAGGGCGAGUCUUCUCAGGACAAGAUCUCUCAUGUUGCUGUUCACAGUUUUACACCAAAUGAGGAGAAAAAUGCUUAUCACAGCAACACACAAGUCAAUAAUCCGAUCAAUGGAAAGCCUUCCGACAAGAAAAGCCAAGCUGGUAGCUUGCUUUCUUCGCCUCCAUUUUGGUCAAUAUCUAGCUUCUCUGAUAUCGCAGAUAAGAUGGGUAGUACUGCUGUUGAUCCAAAUGUCAAGGAAGGUGUACGUGCAACUGCAACACAAGAAGCCAACUUGACCUUGUGCGAUUGGGAUGGUAGUUGGUGUGCGCCACCAAUUUGGGAGGAGCGUGGGGCAUUUGAUUCCGCUUACAUCCCCUCUUACAUUCAUGAAUGGUCUGCAGCGGUCAGCCCUAUACAACCAGUCAUAUAUACUGUCGAUACCUCUGCUGAAGGUUUUAUAUCCGGCAAAGAUCUUGUCAAUAACGUCCUCCUUUCAAAGGCGCCCAGACAUGAGCCUACAAUUCCUGGUAAGUAGAUAUCUCUGGGUAUCUCCAGCACUUCCUUCCCUCAUAAGCUAACCUGCUUGUCAGAUACCCUGAAUGCCUCCAACGAGGAGAAGAGACGCAAUCAAACUGCUGGCCAGGAGGCAGCAGCUUUCCUGAAGAAAUUUGAGAACGCUCGAGAGGCACGAGAAUACGCUAUCAUGGCAGACAACGCUCGGCAUGAGGAAAUAAUGGCACAAGAGCCAGAGCCAAAUCCAUACGCUCCUAAGAUCGAGAUUUAUCUACGACCCGCCACAGAAGCUGAUGCGAAGGAAAUUUUGCAGAUCUACAACCAUUAUAUAAUUGAGUCUUACACUCCAGAGGAUCAAGAGCCUCUGGCUGAAAGUGACAUCCUGUUUCUCAUCCAGGUUACGAAGAACGAAAAGUUACCUUUCGUCGUUGCUGUGAAAGGGCGUAUUCCAGCACAGUCUGCCAACCCAAAGAUUAAAACCAAGGUGCCACAGUAUGAGAACAUCAUCGGCUUUGGAUACACCGAAAUGCGUGGCUGUGGAAUCGCUGGAAAAUCUAAUGGUCGAUCCAGAUACACACACAAUUUACAUUUUUACACUCACCCAGACUACACUCGCAAGGGCGUUGGUAGCUGUGUUCUAGAUAGACUCCUUUUAGUCUCAAGUCGUGCCUAUUCUAGUCAUGAUGGGUACGACUGGCUCAACUAUGAUAAUGACCCUGCCUAUGGCCAUGGCUGUGGCGCCCGAUGCCAUCAACUGUUGAUCGAGGUUCCUGUUCUUCGAAAGGAUGACCCAAAUUACAAAUGGGUAAAAAGUUUCUUGAGGAGGUUCUGGUUCCUGGAGGAGUUUCGGCUCAGUUGUGUUGGACGAAGUUCUGUAUUACACCGUGCAGGAGAGUGGCUCGACGUUGUUCACUUCCAGAAGGAGCUUGAACAUGAAGCGGAAUUCACACCUUUUGUCUAAGUUUGUUGAUCGCGCAUAUUGCUCCUCAACAUAGACUGGAACUUUGCAGCAUCCGCUUGCUUCUUAUUUCUUCGAUUUUUUAACUUUUCAAUAUGCCACGAUCGCAGUUAUCACCUCUCCGCAGGAGAUUCGUGGUCCGGAUUCUGAUGACUUCGGUACUGGUGGAUUCUUCUUUUUCUUUUGAAAGGCCAUAAUCUAGGGGAAGCUCCGGAUUUAACGUAAAUAGUUUGGAGUUGACGAAAUGAAUAAAUGGAUGGAUGCAUUGAAUGGUGGCAUACGAACCCACAACGGGCUUCUCAUACCUUUUUGGGACUGAUGUAUUCCUUGAUUUUCAGCUUGCGAACGAAAUCUAAAGAAGGUCUUAAACAGCCUGGGUAAUUUAAAUUGCGAAACACAUAGGUUAAAAGUUAUUUAAAAACUCAAUGAGAUAUUUGCCCUUGUUGCCUUGUUGCCUCGUUGUGAUUUAGGUG